AAUGAUGACGAACAGACAACAUCAAACACGACGAAACGUCACUUCAAUGAAAUAUCGAUUCGUCCAUUAUCUGCAACAAGCACUGGUGGAGGUGGUGGAGGUGGAAAUCAGAAAAAGAAACAUGUUCAACCCCAUUUGACGUCAGGUAACAGAAAUUCAACGGAUAAUCUCAUACAAUCAUCGAUCGAUGUUACACUAAGCACAAACUCAUCGUCGGAUAAAGGAGAAAAAAAUAUUCAACCAAAAAUAUUAAUGAUAGAUGAAGAGAUGCCGGUGGUGACUAUAUUUGGAGUCGAAGAUAGUGGUAAUAAUACAAAUGGAGAUGAAUAUAUAAUAAACAGAAAUGUUUGUAUGAUUAAUAAUAGCGUGAUUAAUAAUGCAGCAGUUUGUUUUGAAUUUGAUCAUAUCCUUUAUUUUCUCUGGAUAUGUCGACCUUAA